AAGUGGGCAGGGCCAGGGAAUAACAUUUAGCCUUUCUGAUGGGGAGCUAAGUGACACUCCCAAUAUGCAAGAGAACGUGUCCAGUGAGGCACCCACGGCAGGCCAUUCUCUUGUAACUGCCCUUCUUAGACCUUCAACGUUAGCUCACAAAGAAGAGCAUUCGACAUUGUUGCCAGAAUUGGACUCUCCUAGCCCAUCGCCCACUCCCCUGUUAACUUCAACUGUACAUUACCAACAUUAUCCAGUAUCAGGUAUUACCGUCAGAACAAAUAAUAUGUCUCUCAAUGAAACGUCUGUCACUCCUGAAGUUCCCAGCAGCAUGCCAAGAGCAAGAAUGGUACACCUUUUUAAUGAACCAGUGACGAUCGCCAUUGUUUUGGGGGUGAUCGCUGGUAUCGUUGGAACUAUUCUUCUCAUUUAUUACUUAAUCAGUCUAAUAACAAAGAAAAGCUCAGUUGACAUACACCCUCCCAAGGAUGAAGACACGGAUGUGCCGCUAAGUUCCAUCGAGCAGAGCGUUAUUCAAGAAGAGCAAGCCAGUGUCUGAAAGACCUCAGAGAGAACACAAGACUGCAGUCAAUGGAAGAAGUAGUAGAAAUCAGACAUACCAGUACAUUGUGUCCCUUCCUGAGCUGUACAUUAUAAGAGAAAAUGUCACCAUUGUAAGCUCCAGUAAUUCACGAUGGGGGUAGGGGUGGGGCGGGGGGAGCACCUCUGUUCAUAAGCAACUGAAGGUGAAGAACACAUUUCCUUGUCUGCUUGAUUUUGAGUUGGUGUAAAUUUUUGUAACUACUUGACUAGAAGUUUGCUCCAAAAUUUCAACUGAGUUCAUGCGCUGUCCCUUAAGACUGACUUCUUCGAUUCUGUUAUAUUUUGUUCACAGGGUUAUCGUUGAAAGGCUUAAGCGAUUCCCUGGGAAAUCCAAGCUUCCUUAUCAUCCUAAAGACUGAAUCCCAGUUUCAUUCUUUUAAAUAAUUAAAAGGCCAGCAAAUCGUACCCCUCUCCUUCCUUGCCAGACAGGCAAUACACAGUUCCCUGUUAGUGGUGCAGGUGCUUUUCCCACACUAAGAAAGCUCACACUCAGAAAUGCCACACGCAAGUGUACAAAAGGAUACACAUCCAUUAUUAGAUGUAUAAGACAACCCAAAGUACCUCCUAUUUUGAAUAGCAAGUUGCAUUUGAAUUAUUCCAAGUAAUUGGUCUGACAGUGUUAAACUGACUCCUUCAGAGAGCACACAAAGGUCACAAAGAGAUGUUUCUGCAGCCAGAGAGCCCUGAGGAGGAAAAUGACGACAGACCCUUCCUUCAGUGGAAAUCAGAAAGGAACUGCAACAGUAUGUGCAACUGUGAGCCAAUAAACUCCUCCAAUCCACCCACUGAGCGCUUCCCUUGUUGAUAAAACUUCAGAAAACCAAAUAGAGGGCUUUCUAGAUGUGAGUGACUGAGGGACUGUGUGACUAUAUUUGACUCUGACAUUUCUUUAUAGCAAGCCUUAAAAUAAUGAAUGUUUUUAUAAAAGAGGACAUAAAUUCGGGAGGGGAUGGGAGGUAAGGUGGAUCUGGAGUCACAGAGGGGGAAUAAGAGAUGAAUAUGUCAAAAUAUAUUAUAUAAAAUUCUCAAAGAAUUAAUAAAAAUAUUGCUUUUAAAAUCAAUAUAAAAACAAGACCUGUGACUAUCCAUUUCCAAGUUGAUAAGACUUCAAAUGGCUUUACCCUUGCUUUAUGAUAACUAAAUAAAUAACUAUAUGUACAUAUUGGAGAUUAUUUUAUGCUUGUCACAUAUUUAAAAUAAAAAAAUGAGAUAAGAGAAUAUUUCUUUAUGUAUAUUUUAAGUAGAUUUAAGAUUAUUAUUAAGUUUAUUUAAUUCAAUGAUGACCCAAGUGCCAAAGUAAUUUUAAAUGUACUUAUUUCGAAAAAUAUAAAAUGUUAGACUAAGAGAGGACCUGAGCUAACAUUAUCUCUAAAAUAAUUUACUGGUCAAAGACAGUAAGAGAUUAAAGUAAUGUUCUGUCUCAGCCAGAG